CUUCGUUCCUCCUGCCAUCCAUCGACAGUCUGCGAGCCACUGCGACCACUUUUUCGCUCUCCUCCCUCCGAGACUCCUCCAUUGUCGUCCCUCAUGUCGGCAUCAGCACCCGCUGCUGGCGAUGCCGCAUCCGCAGGCCAAGCAGAGGCAGGCCCUGGCUGGGGUAAGACGAUCUCUAGGGGUCUGCUCAUGUACUUCGUCGUCAAUGCGGCUACCUCGCUGAUCAAACAGAAGCUUGGCCCGCCGGAGACGGCUCCUGCUCAAAGUUCUGCUGGACAAUUGGGCGAUGCUGCCGCAGCUGGCUCUCAGGUAGCCCAGGCUGUGAGCGGCGUUGGGAGCCAGCCGGGCCAGCCUUCGCUGCAGGUGAUGAAGAACACCACUAGUCGACCCCUCUGGAAGCCCCAGGACGAGCUCGACUUUUAUGUCUUCCUGUCUUGGUCUGCCGCUGCAUCACACGAAGAUCUCGCCACGCAAUACUCGGCAUUGAUCCCGGGCAGCUCUGGAGAUCUUCCUGCCCUCGACAGUCUGAUCGACUUUGCCGCUUAUCCGUCGCUGAGCAGUGAGGCCGAGACUUCGGGACAGUCCAGCAGAUUUACAGUGGUCAUGCCGCAGAGUCAAGAGAGCUUUCCCAUCCUCAAGGCGGACCAGGUCACGCUCUCUGAUAUCAAAUUGGCCGCGGAAAUCACGUUGCACGCUCCACAAGAGGUCCUGCUAAACAAUGGGUCCAUCUGGGCAGACAUCGUGGCAGUACCAACUGGAGCUGAUGUGAGGGACUCAGUCGGACAUGCCAGGACACGUAAAAUGCUCACACGACUCCAUCCGCCCAGGAAGAAUCGUGAAGGACGCAAGCUCCUCGGGGGAGCAUCUUCAACAUCAGAAGAAGACGUUGCUGAAGAAGCCGUGACGACGCCUGCUAAUGCUACGAGCGAUGAGGGUAAAGGUUUGAUUUCUUAUUGGCACUCUAAUCUUACCCUCGCCCUCCCCAAGCAAGAUUCUCAUUCGAGCUUGGCGAUAGGUCAGCUUCCUCCAGCUUUACUGCAGUACAUCUAUCUCGUGCCUGAUCAUGAGCACGGAACACCUCUGCUGUAUGGUCGCGACUCCAAUGGCCGAGCUGUCCCAUCUGUGGUCUACAACUACCCAGUCGUCUUUCCAAAUACCUUUUGGGACAUGAGGGAGGACAUGUAUCCCAUCAACUCGACCACACCGACUUUGCCUCUGCACAUUUCGGUAGAUACAACCUCGUGGUUCAAGUUCCAGAUGCUGGCAGCGAUGACCGACUCUUUCGAUAAGCAGCCUGGUAUGGCCGGUGGUGAGAUUGACAUCAUCAAGCACACCCUCUUGCACACGUCUCCUUGGUAUCUCCUGCUCAUCGUUGUGGUGACGAUCCUGCACAUGGUCUUCGAGUUCCUUGCUUUCUCAUCUGAAGUCUCUUACUGGAAGAAGAAGGACAAUCUGACUGGAAUCAGUGUGGGCACCAUCAUGACGUCCAUUGUCACCCAAACGAUUAUUCUCCUGUAUUUGAUUGACUCGUCGGAGGAGACGUCAUGGAUGAUUCUGGGAUCUCAGGCCAUGGGCGUGGCCGUUGAGUCCUGGAAGCUCACGAAGGCUUUGACGGUCAACAUCAAGCCAGCGCCUCCUGGUAGCUUGAUUCCUUACAGGCUCGACGUCCAAGACAAGCACGUCUUGAGCAAAGAAGAGCUAGAGACGAAGGAGUUCGACCGAGUGGCCUUCAAGAUCGUCGCCGCUGGAUCCGCCCCUCUCUUGAUUGGCUAUACUAUCUACUCUGCCCUCUACCAAACUCAUCGAGGCUGGUGGAGCUUUACCAUUGGAACUCUUACGUCUUUCGUAUACACCUUCGGCUUCGUUGCCCUCAUCCCUCAACUGAUCGUGAACUACAAGAGCAAGUCAGUUGCAGGAAUGAACGGCAAGACUCUAAUCUACAAGAUCAUUGGUACAUUUACCGACGACCUCUUUGCAUGGGGCAUUACUAAGAUGCCGAUGAUGCAUCGUUUGGCCACACUGCGAGACGACGUCGUCUUCUUCAUCUACCUGUACCAGUGGUGGCACUACGGCGUUGACAAGAGCAGGGUGAAUGAGUUCGGGCAGGUGCUUGAGCCCACCGAGGAGAUGAAGAAGAGGGGAGGACUGGUCGUUGGCAAAAAGGCAGACUUGGCCGAGGGAGAAGGCGAGAGCAAGAAGGACAAGUGAGGCGAGCCAAAGUGAGACUGAGAUUGAGGGGCUCUUGUACGGUGUUGCGGGGCGGAUUGGCGG